CGUAUCAAUGCGCAGAAGGGGAACGCACAGCAGCUGCGUGUGAAGCGCUCGGUGACAUUUCUGAUAACCCUGUUUGCGAUUGUGAGGCUAAUUUACGCUUCCUUUAACAACCAUGAAGUUCCAAUACAAAGAAGAGCAUCCCUUUGAGAAGAGGCGAUCGGAGGGAGAGAAAAUCAGGAAGAAAUAUCCAGACAGGGUUCCUGUGAUUGUGGAAAAAGCUCCUAAAGCCAGAAUAGGUGACCUAGACAAGAAGAAAUACCUGGUCCCCUCUGACCUGACGGUGGGCCAGUUUUACUUUCUCAUCCGAAAGCGAAUCCACCUGAGGGCUGAGGACGCUCUCUUCUUCUUCGUAAACAACGUCAUUCCCCCUACCUCUGCCACCAUGGGCCAGCUCUACCAGGAACAUCACGAAGAAGAUUUCUUCCUUUACAUCGCCUACAGUGACGAGAGCGUGUACGGCGAAUAGAGCCAAAGGGAAACGACCUUCAUCCCCUCUUUCUUCCUUUUAAAACAAUAUAUAGACGUCAUGCUGGCAGCCUAGAGCUCUCAGAACUGAAGUAUCAGAUGCACUUUUGCUUUCAGUUUAUCAUAUCUUCUUUUGUGUUUUUAUCCUUUGGUCUGACGUUUAUUAAGAAUUUACUAAGAAGCCUUUUUUUCAUUUUUCAUGGUUCUUACAAAGCUAUAAUAAUACGAUGAAAAUGCCACUGAUACUGUUACCAUUCGAACUGAUUUCCGCUUAUAGGCAGUUGUGCAUUCAUUUAUAAUAUGCAGACUUUUCGUAGUCAAGCUCAUUUCAAGUAUUUCUCGCCGUAAAUGAACGUUUGGUCUUCUAGAUGGUUUCUAACUAGCAUGUGCAGUCCAGCACUCGCUGGUCAGACAGUGGAGAAAUGGGACUAAAGUGUAUUCUGUUAUCAGCUAAGUCUAAUAUGCUGUUGUUUUUUUGAUUUGCUUUUAUUAUUGUACCUAAAAGAAUGUAGUUGGGUAGAUUUAUUUUAAGUUGUGAAUCUAAAGUGCAAGUUUUAUUUGCAGGUUUUUUUUUUUUGUUUGUUUUUUAAUCUUGGUAUUCAGUUGUAUUUCUGGUACCCGUGACAAUGACCAUAUAAACCAAAUGCACACCAA